UGUAGGAGAGAGGAAUAAUGUCGUGUGAGAGACAAGGUGGUUAAACACACCCUAAAUACGUUUGGAACUACAAAUGAACUUUCUUCUGUCGAUUCUUGUUUUAUAUCCGGGCUUGGGACCGGCAGAAGUGACCCCAAAGAGACACUGGCGGAGUUACCUAUUCUUGAAAACUGUCAUUUAACUGUUUACUUGGCGGAGUUUUUGGCAAUAAGCCAGGGCAUUAAUAAUAAUAAGUCUGGGAUCAGCCAGUGGUGGCUUCGCGCAUGCGCGAAUCAUUUGCAGUCUGGACUCUGGAAGAGUGAAGAGUGAACAUGUCCUGCAAUGACUGCAGCUGGGUGGGGCUGCUGCGUGAGGACUGUCCGCCUGUGAAUGCUUUGGGACGCUAGGAUCCCCAGGAUGUAUGAGGUGGAUGUGGCCUCGGAGCCCGGCAGCCCCACGCUCUACGGCGAAUCCUCCGACACCUACUGUCCCGUGGAACGUUGGCAGAGACUUCGCACCGCCGUCCGCAAGCUCGAGUUCUGGGAGAACUUCAGCACAGAGCUCAUCGGGGGAGGCUUCUUCUCCAAGGUCUACAAGGUAAUCCAUGGCACCACCAAAAAGGUGAUGGUGGUGAAAAUCUACAAGAAUGACGUGGACCAGGACAGCAUUGUACGGGAGAUCAGCCUGCUUCAGAAGCUCUCCCAUCCAAACAUUGUGAGGUAUCUUGGAAUCUGUGUUAAAGAAGAUAAGCUCUACCCGAUUCUGGAGUAUGUGAGCGGGGGAUGUCUGGAGGAGCUCCUGGCCAGGAAGGACGUGUCCCUGAUCUGGAGGGAAAAGGUGGACUUGGCCUGUGACAUCACUAGGGGAAUGGUCUACCUGCAUUACAAGAACAUCUACCACCGGGACCUUAACUCCAAGAACUGCCUGAUCAGGCUCACGGCACGGGGCAGGGAGGCUGUGGUGACAGACUUCGGACUGGCCAGGGAGGUGGUGGAGCUCCCUGCUACGGACAUCGAGAGAAAAUUGUCCCUGGUGGGCUCCGCCUUCUGGAUGGCGCCUGAGAUGCUGAGAGGGGAACCGUAUGACCGUAAGGUGGACGUCUUCUCCUUCGGAAUUGUACUGUGUGAAAUUCUGGGCAGAAUUCCAGCAGAUCCGGAAAUUCUUCCCAGGACGCAGGAUUACGGGCUGGAUGUGAACGCUUUCCGGGACAUGGUGGUCGGCUGCCCACAACGCGUGCUGGAGCUGGCAGCCAGCUGCUGUCUGAUGGAGGCGUUCCGAAGGCCGUCCUUCACAGAGCUCCUGGACCAGCUGGAAGAGCUGGCAGAAACCCUGGAGCCCCCCACUUCAGAGCUGACGACGGGCUGAGGGGUGGGUGUGGCUUCAGAGAGCCCCGCCCCCUCCCACCACACGGAGGGACUCUGCAGCUGCCCCGUGGGCUGGGCUGCAGCACAUUGCACACACAGGCUGAGGCGUGGCACAUGUGGACCUCCGUCAGGAAGAGGGCGCUGUGCUGGCUGAGCUGCCACACGCGGGAGCAUGUGUGUGUGCAUGCUGGACUGGACCAAAGGGAAUCACAGGGCAUCAUACUGUAAUACUAAUCAAGGGAUUCUUGUAAACUGUGGACAAAGAAGAACAAAUUUUCUGCACCUUAAGGGAGAAUUAAGUGAAUUAGACAAGGAAUGUCUGACAGCAGCCCCCCCCCGAAAGGCAGUUUCCCCCCCCUCCAGGCCUGCUGUUCUUGCUCAUUAAUGUCAGUGGUGCUCAUGGCUGUUAUCCAUUACUGUAGGCUCUACUAAUUAUAGGUCAGAAGGGCCAGCGACCGUUUUCUUCUCUAUAUUUUUUGUUUUUUAGAGCAUAGUUCUACUCAUAGGUAAUAGAGUGUAAUUAUGUGAUAAAAAAGAGAUUAAGGUGGUAUUUAUGAAUUUCUUAUUUGGAUUAGAUUUUGGUACAUUUUAUUUUCUAUUCUUGCUGAAUCCCUUGGAAUCGCAUCUCAUAAUCAAUUUGCAACAUGGAAAUUGUCAUGCUCGCCAGUUCUGACUUAUAACUGAAUGAUUUUUACCGUCAUUAAUAAAACUACAGAAUAUUUGAAAUAUCAGUUUAUCAGUAGCCGUCGUUUCAAUGUUCUCCAAGUGCCAGAAAAUGCUACAUAUUUGACUUAUGAAAAACGAUUACCAGCCGAACUCAGAUCAGUAGUCCUUUAAAUGUCAGUGGACCUUGUGUUUCUACAGCAUACUCGAAUGCGGUUUGUGUUUAGUGCUGCCAUCUUCUGGCAAAGGAGCGGCACACAAACAGACUGAUGCCGAUCCUCUGACGGCCUAUGGCGAUUCUCUGAAGAACGCCUAUAAUUGCAUAUUUCGCAUUUUUUUGUUGGGUUUCAUUGUUCAAAAUACGAGUUCUUAACGGGCUGUUUGUGAACGUUGUGGCGAAUUAACGAUCUUUCUCAGGAUAAAUAUAACGUGGUCGAAAGAAGUCACAUAGUUUCACAAUUGAGUUAUUUUUUCACGUGAGUAUGUAUUUGUGAAUAAAUUGCUUGUGUUAAAAACAUCGUUUCCAUUAUUUAAAAUUAAAGUAACUUUUAAUGGAUUUUUCUGAAGAUGUCAGUGUGACUGUCAAAUAAAGAGUAGGUACACGUUAGGAUCCGUCCCAUCAAGGUGUGGUAUUUAUUCCCAAGAUUAGGAACCACGGCAGAGCGUUAUGCCUGCGGGGGCGGUCUCGUGUCUCCAGCUGUGUGAUUUCGCGGGGUACUUAUCGCUCUUCGGUUUCCUUAAGCAUCUGAAACACGGAUUAUCUGAGAUUUCUGAUACGACUCCAAGAUCUCCGUAAUCCCGCAGGGGAAUCGCUGUUAUUACAAACCGUUCGGUUGUAGGCCUGUAUGAGCAGUUUGUGUUAAUUUAAUCAGGUAAAGCUUUUCCUUCAAUAUUACAGCUUGUCAGUGUAAUCGAAUGUCUUGUGUUUAUUAUUUAAUUUCUUACUUUAUACUGCUGUUAGACAUGAAUAUUAUAUGACACAGAUACAAUAAAAUACCACUGAUAUCUAGGAGAACUGGUUGACUGGUAUGUAUAUUUCAGAUGAAAAGUUUUCAUAAUGCCAGUGUCAUUUACCUGGAGGGUUUUAGUUCCAGGCAGUGUGUGUUUACUCGUUCUCAUUCUGUGUAUUAGGCGAGCAGGAUUUGUAAAUAGCCUGCAUGCACAAAGGCAUUAGAUUUAUGAUUAAAGUGUGCUUAUUUUGCAAAUAAAUUAUUUUUCAAACA